GUCAUGAGCUGUGGUGAUGAUGUGGUUCCUGCUCCUGCUUCUCCACCUUGCUCACAUUGAGCUGGUGAUCUCACAAGCUGAGGACAAACUGAUUCUAAAAAAUGGAAACAAAGGAGGCUACCCAUGUGAAGGCUACCUUGAAGUCUACCAUAACAACACAUGGGGCUAUGUUGGUGAUACACGCUGGAGCAAGAACACUGAAAAAGUGGUUUGUAAGAGCACUCACUGUGGGGAACCUGUGGACAGCUCAGUAACAGAUAUUCUUAAGCCUUCAGAAGACAGACCAAUCUGGCUCAAUGAACUGAAGUGUGAAGGAGACGAGAGCGCUCUGUGGGAAUGUAAACAUCCUGGUUGGAAAUCCAGCUAUUACUCAAAGCUCACAGUGAAAAAAAUUACAUGUUCAAGUAAUAUCACAUUAAGCCUGGAUGGACCCAAAUGUGCUGGAGCGGUCCAGUACUCCAUUGAUGGCAAAUCGGGUUACUUUUGUAAAGACAGAUUGGAAAAAAAAGAAGCCGAUCUUCUGUGUAAAAAUCUCGGGUGUGGUGAAUUCAAAGAAAUUCUUCCCCUAAAAUGGAUCGAUAGUGAAAGAUACAGAAGCUCAUCAAAGAUGAAGCUCGAUUGUUCAGCCUUUAAAAAUGCAGACCCAGAUAAUCUGUGGCAGUGUGUGAAUGGCAAACAGGACAAUUCAGCAUCAUGCAAACCUGUUUCUAUCAUAUGUGAAGGUUUUAUGAGACUGCAGCUCAAAGGAAACCAGUCAAAUGUGUGUUCUGGGCAGCUGGAAAAAGAAGAAAAUAACAACUGGGUACCUGUUCAACAGGACAACUUUGAUUUUGAUGUGUGCCAGCAAAUGCACUGUGGUAACUCUCUCAGCCCAAACAACAGCACAAACAAAAACCUUAAUGUGACUUGCACAGAUGAAGUUAAAGUAGUUCUGCACUCUGGUAAAGACAGCAAGUGCUAUGGUACAGUUAAUAUUGAAGUGAAUGGUUCAGUUAAGCCUGUGUGUGCCUCCACCUGGACUAAAAGUGAAGCUGAAUUAGUCUGCAAGGAGCUUGGAUGCGGGAAACUGAUUUAUACUAAAGUCGAACAUCGAAAUUCAGGAGGGAUAAUGGACCAUGUGAGCUGCAAAGGCAGCGAGUCCUCACUGUGGCACUGUCCUGCUAAGCAUGACAAGAACAUCCAGUGUUCAAACCAACCUUAUGUGGUGUGUUCAGACAGUGUGGAGGUGAAACUGGCAGAUGGUCCUGGAAGAUGUGCUGGAAGAUUGGAGAUAAAGCAUGAGGGCCAGUGGAGGAAAGUUCCUGCAAACAGAUGGACAGAGGCUCAAUCAGCAGCUGUCUGCAAACAACUGGAAUGUGGGGAAAAAGGCAAAACUGAAAAAUUCAGUCAGGGUUCUGGUAGCUUCCUGUCAAUAACGUGUCCAACAAAUAAGAAGAUAUCAAACAUAUCUGAGUGCUUAACAGAAAACUCAAACAACCAGCGUCCAGAUCGAGAAGUGGAAGCAGUUGGAAUAACCUGUGAGGGUCACAAGGUGGUGUUUUUGAGUGGAACCUGUUCUGGUCAUGUGGGGAUAGAGCAUGGCAGAGAAAUCUACUGGCUCUCUGGGUCUAAAGAGACAUGGAACCAAGAGUCUGCAGACACAGUGUGUCAGCAGAUGCAUUGUGGGAACGCUGCCAGCUUUUCUUUCCAUUCUAGGGCUGAUAUGAUUAAUAAAGUUUGGAAAGACUCUUUUAGCUGCUCAUCCAGAAAAAAGUCUCUUUCUGAGUGUAGCCAAACUACACUACUGCCUCCUGACCACCAAACUUCUACUGCCCAUGUGAAAUGUUCAGGAAAUAUUGAGAUGAGGUUGACGAACAGCUGCUGGGGAAAAGUCAGAAUUUGUGUAGAAGGCAAGGAAGGAGAUAUGUGUGCAGACACCUGGACAGAAGACAAGUCUGUGAAGCUGUGUGAAAAGCUGAACUGUGGGACGCCCAUAAAAGCCCACAACAGUCCCAGAGAUGGUGAUAUCCUCUUUAAGAGUUUACACCCGACAAGUCAGACUACUGACCUGACACAGAGCAUCUUUGUCAAAAACCAGGACAAUGAUAACUCCUGUAGACAAAAACCAGCCUAUGUUGUUUGCUCAGGUAGUGUCAAGCCCAGAUUUAGCAUUCCCAGUUACAAAUGUUUUGGAAACAUAGAGGUGGAGUAUGAGGGGAAGUGGAUCCCUGUGUGCGAGGAUGCUCUCAAAGACACUAACAAUCGAAACACCAUCUGUCAGGAGCUUAAAUGUGGUGAUGCUGUCAAGACUCUUCUCUACUUUGGACCUGCACCAACAGAUAAAUUAGCCAUUUCAAACCUAAACUGCACUGCAAAUGCUAACAGUCCAUUAUCUGCAUGCAGCAGUAUUACUGCUUCUACAGCUGCCUGCAAACACAGUGGCCUCCGAUGCUCUGCCUAA